CCCCGGCAAGCAGCGGCCGCGGCUCCUGGAACUGUCAUCUCCGCCGGUGAGUCCUGGGUUCGAGCCUGGGCCCUGCUGGCUCCCGAAUUGCUCCUCGGCGCCCGGCUGUGACUCCAUCUGGCCGGCUAGCACUGAUCCAGCCGGCUUUUCUGAUCCAGACUAUCGGGCCAGGACCCCUCAGGGAAGAUGGAAGAGCUGAGUCAAGCCCUGGCUAGUAGCUUUUCUGUGUCUCAAGAUCUGAACAGCACAGCUGCCCCACACCCCCGCCUGUCCCAGUACAAGUCCAAGCACAGUUCCUUGGAGCAGAGUGAGCGGCGCCGCCGGUUAUUGGAACUGCAGAAAUCCAAGCGGCUGGAUUACGUGAAUCAUGCCAGAAGACUGGCUGAAGAUGACUGGACAGGAAUGGAGAGUGAGGAAGAGGAAGAUAAGAAAGAUGAUGAAGAGAUGGACGUUGACACUGGCAAGAAGUUACCAAAACGCUAUGCUAAUCAAUUGAUGCUGUCUGAGUGGUUAAUUGAUGUCCCUUCAGAUUUGGGGCAAGAAUGGAUUGUGGUCGUGUGCCCUGUUGGAAAAAGAGCCCUGAUUGUGGCCUCCAGGGGUUCUACCAGCGCCUACACCAAGAGUGGUUACUGUGUCAACAGGUUUUCUUCCCUUCUGCCAGGAGGCAAUAGGCGAAACUCAACAACAGCAAAAGACUACACCAUUCUGGACUGCAUUUACAGCGAGGUGAACCAGACCUACUAUGUUCUGGACGUGAUGUGCUGGCGGGGACACCCUUUUUAUGACUGCCAGACUGAUUUCCGAUUCUACUGGAUGCAUUCAAAGUUACCAGAAGAACAAGGACUGGGAGAGAAAACCAAGCUUAAUCCCUUUAAAUUUGUGGGGCUAAAGAAUUUCCCUUGUACUCCUGAGAGCCUGUGUAAGGUGCUGUCUAUGGAUUUCCCCUUUGAGGUAGAUGGACUUCUCUUCUACCACAAGCAGACCCACUAUAGCCCUGGAAGCACUCCUCUGGUGGGCUGGCUGCGCCCCUACAUGGUGUCCGAUGUUCUUGGCAUAGCCGUGCCAGCCGGCCCGCUGACCACCAAGCCAGAAUAUGCUGGGCACCAGCUCCAGCAGAUUAUUGAGCACAAGAGGAGCCAGGAAGGCAUGAAGGAGAAUGUCACACACAAGGCGUCUGAGAACGGACGCUAUGAGUUGGAACACCUGUCUACCCCCAAGCUGAAGAGCCCUCCCCAUAGCCUGGACCCCCCCGGGAGCUUCAUGGAGAACUGAACAGGGUGGCUCCUUGGGGAGUCACAGGAUGGUGCUUCAUCCCAAAAAGAAGUCUGGGGAGGAAGACAGUGACAACAACAGGUUAUUUCAUUUUAGAGUGGCCUUUCCAAAGCCACUCCAGUUGGCUACUGCUUAUCUCCUAUCUGAAAUGCUGGCUCAGACUGUUGAGAGAGGUUCCCAGAUUGGGUGGUCUUUGGAUUUGAACAGUAAUUCCUGUGAAAAGUGUAUCCCAGAUACCCACAAUGUAAAUAUAUGUAAUUCUUAUGAAAGAA